AUGGACGCACCAUCUUCCGUCUUUCAGCUGUGCGGCGCCGAGUGUCUGGCCGAGGUCUGUGGCAAAUGCCUGGUACGCCAUCUCACCUCCAGUAUCUACUCCUUCUACCCGGGUGUUCUACCUAAAGUUCGUUGUCCAGUGUGUCUCAAUCUACUCAAUAAGAACCAAUGGGAGCAGUUCGUUCUUCCAGCAACGUCAGCGCAACAAGAUACCCAAGUACCUGAACAAGAAAUAAACUACGAGGAGCAACAACAGCAACAAGAUGGCAGCAGACACGUAUUGGAUAAAUAUGUGAUGCUGUGUCGUCAAAGCUGCGGCUUCCAGAGUCCAUGCUGUCAUCUUGCCGACUACACAAUGCUACCCGAACGGUAUGCAAAGUCGGAGGAUGGAGACGACGAAGACGACCAAUUAGAGCUGCCAGCUGAGCAGGUUGAAGCUCUAAAUGGAUUGUAUCAAUGUGGUGUAGAAUACUGCUAUCAUCGUCUCGAUGCAGCGGAAUUUUACAGCUUUUUAUCGAAAAAAUUUAAGAGCAAUACGGAGCACGUCUUGUUGAGACUGCUACCACAGAUUGUAGACGAAGAGCGACGUGCAGCACUACUACUGCGUCACUUGAACAAGAACCCGGACACGCAUACGAUUUGCUGUGGCGCUAAGGUCUGCUUUAAGUGCAAGGCCACCAACCACCACGGUGGAGACUGUCGAGACUUUAUCGAGGAUGAAAACGUCGUGGAAUGUCGCGGCUGUAACGUCACAGUUGUUAUGGUGGAUGGGUGUAACACGUUAAAUUGCUUGUGUGGCUAUGCGUUCUCGUGGUCUGCGGAGGUGGCGCGUCAACGUGCACAGCGCAAGCUCCUUGUACCCGUGGAAAACGACGAGUACGAUAAGUGGUCGCUUUGGCACGACCGAAUGGGUGAAACACUACAGAAGGUGACCAAUUUAUCGGCGACGCAGCGCCAAUUGCGGCUUGCGAGACUCGUACGGGAACAUCGCCCACUGUUGCGUAAACCUCAAAGUGUAGAGGAGGCAGCGAUCAAGCUCAAAUCGAUAGCGGAAACUCCAUUGACACCCGAAGCUCCGGUGCUUUCUCGCAGUGCGUCCGUACCAUGA